GAGAGAGAUGGAAGGAGAGAUAUUAGGAAGAGUAGUGUGUGUAACAGGAGAGAGAUUAGGAAGAGUAGUGUAAGAUUUCAUAAUUACACUGACUUUUUAGAUAAACAGUGCCAACCCAAAACUGGGUGAUAAUAUAUAUAAUUUGAUUGAAUUUGAAGAGGGAGAGAGAGCGAGAGAUUGAGAGAGAGAGAGAGAGAUAGAGAGAGAGAGAGAUAUAGAGAGAUGGAAGGAGAGAGAUUGGGAAGAGUAGUGUGUGUAACAGGUGGUUCUGGGUACGUAGGGUCUUGGCUGGUUAUGAGGCUUCUUGAUCAGGGCUACUAUGUGAAUACCACUCUUAGAUCAGAUCCUACAGGUGGUAGGAUCUUGCAUGGGCUUAUAAGAGUUGAAUUACUCACCAAAUUGCCAUUUGUUCUUAUGAUGAAACCUCAACUUCUCCAUAGUAUCAGAGCAGAGAACCAGAGAGAUCUAAGCUACCUCACUAGUCUACCAGGAGCAACCGAAAGGCUCAAAAUUUUCACAGCGGAUCUCAGCAACCCGGACAGCUUCUGUGCAGCCGUUGAAGGGUGCAUGGGAGUGUUCCAUGUUGCCACUCCAGUCGAUUUCCAAGACAACGAACCUGAACAAGUAGUGACUAAAAGAUCAAUUGAUGGAGCCCUAGGUAUUCUAAGGGCGUGCUUAAACGCAAAAACAGUGAAACGAGUUGUGUACACUUCUAGUGUAUUCGCUGUCGUGUUUGGCAGCGGCAAGGAUGUGGAGGAAGUGGAUGAAAAUUUUUGGAGCGAUACAGAUUACAUUAGAUCUGUAAAGCCAUUUGGAGGGUCAUACGUGAUUUCAAAGAGAUUAACUGAGAAGGCAGUUCUUGAAUUUUCAGAGAAAUAUGGGUUGGAUGUUGUGACAAUAAUACCUUCUAUUGUUGCUGGCCCGUUCAUUUGUCCUAAGCUUCCCAGCUCCGUUCGCAGCACACUGGCUAUGGUCUUUGGUAACCUUGAGGAGCUUAGAUUUCUUAUCAAUAUACCAUUGGUGCAUGUCGAUGAUGUUGCCAGCGCGCACAUUUUCCUUUUAGAACAUCAUGAUGCAAAAGGGAGGUACAAUUGCUCAUCACAUGUCAUAAACCUUGUACAACUGGCUGAGUUUCUUUCUGCCAAAUACCCGGAAUUUCAAAUACCCUCAGUAAGCUAUUUAAGGGAGGUUAAAGGUGAUAAAACGCCUGGUCUGUCGUCAAAGAAGCUCUUGGAUUCUGGUUUCAGAUUCAAGUAUGGGGUUGAUGAGAUUCUCAGCGACGCAAUUCAGUGCUGCAAAGAAAAUAAUUAUUUAUAGUUUUCCGUUUUUGGAUUAUAAUUAAGACUCGUAUGUGAUUAUAUGCACGUUUCGUUCCAUACCAGAAAAACAUCACCCUUGUUGGAUGGAAAAGGAACUUGUACGAACGAAUAUAUACAUUGUGUGUUGUAAGAAUAAAAUGCAUGCCCAUAUAUACCCUCAUAUGUACCGGCAUAUGGCCAUCUCGAUUCUGAUUCAA